GAGAGAGAGAGAGAUCGGAAACAAAUCACCAAACCAAAACCGAGAACAAAAACAAAAACUAAAUCACAGCCGUCACAAACACCUCCGAUCGCCUAUAUCCCCAAUCUCACCUCUCACCAACAAUUACCCAAAACCCAAAACAAACCCUAGAAAACCCAAUGGCCGACGUGUACUGCUCCGACUGCAAGCGCGCGACGGAGGUGGUGUUCGACCACUCGGCGGGCGACACUGUCUGCUCGGAGUGCGGGCUGGUCCUGGAGUCCCACUCGAUCGACGAGACCUCCGAGUGGCGGACCUUCGCCAACGAGUCGGGCGACAACGACCCCGUCCGUGUCGGCGGGCCCAGCAACCCCCUCCUCACCGACGGCGGCCUGUCCACCGUCAUCUCCAAGCCCAACGGCGUCACUUCUGACUUUCUCUCGUCCUCGCUCGGCCGCUGGCAGAAUCGCGGCGCCAACCCCGAUCGGUCGCUUAUUCUGGCGUUUAAGACCAUCGCUACCAUGUCCGACAGGUUGGGCCUGGUAGCAACCAUUAAGGAUCGAGCCAAUGAGAUAUACAAGAAGGUGGAAGAUCAAAAAUCUAGUAGAGGAAGAAACCAGGAUGCAAUUUUGGCUGCUUGCCUAUACAUAGCUUGUCGGCAAGAGGACAAGCCACGCACUGUUAAGGAAAUCUGCUCUGUUGCCAAUGGAGCGACAAAGAAGGAAAUUGGUCGAGCAAAAGAAUACAUAGUGAAACAACUAGAGCUUGAGAUGGGUCAAUCGGUGGAUAUGGGUACUAUACAUGCUGGGGAUUUUAUGAGGCGCUUUUGUUCAAAUCUUGGUAUGAACAAUCAAGCUGUUAAAGCAGCGCAAGAAGCUGUCCAAAAAUCAGAAGAGUUUGAUAUAAGGAGGAGCCCUAUAUCAAUUGCAGCGGCCGUCAUUUACAUUAUAACGCAACUUUCAGAUGAUAAGAAGCCUCUUCGAGAAGUUUCAAUUGCAACUGGUGUCGCGGAAGGGACAAUCAGAAAUUCGUACAAAGACCUUUAUCCCCAUAUUUCCAAGAUAAUACCGAGCUGGUAUGCCAAGGAAGAGGACCUUAAGAACCUAUCAAGUCCUUGAAAAGAUUGAGCGAACAUUUGCGGGAAAAGUCCUUUUUAAAUUGGCACGGGAGGGAUUUGUUUUGGAUGUUGGGAUGGUAACACAGCCAAGUUCUUUUUUUCCAACAAGUAUAUUAUACAUUGACUGAAGGAUUCUCUCUGAA